UCUGGAGAGGAGAGGCUUGGGUGACAGGCGAGGGGUGGGGGUAAGAGUUCAGCCUGACUCACAGUCUCAUUCACGGAUUUCGCCGCCGCUGGACCGAAGCUGCCUCCCCAGACGGCUCCCAACUACUCCAGCACCUCCACAGUCCCCACUUCGCUCCGCUCCACUCUCAGCCAGACGUUCUGACCGACAGACUAGCGAGUUGGCAUCUUUGCGCCCGAGGGUGUCGCAAGCCGAGGCGGCGAGGACAGGGCGCCUCUGGCCCAGCCUGCAGGGCGGUAUGCGGCGCAGGCAACAGCGCUAAGCGCCCCCACUCUGGGCACCGGGCGUACUCGCUCCUGGCCGCGGGCCGAGCCGCGGCCGCGGAGGGCAUGCGCCCGGGACGCGCAACGCUCCUGCCGCGAGCUACCGCCCCGAGGUGGACCCCAAGCAGGGCUCAUCGCAGGACUGCGCGGACCCCUGCCACCCGGGGCACGCGGCUGCGGAGCCUCGGGGCCGCAUCUGCGGUCAGGAUGCCCUGGGUGCCUCUCUGCUGGUGAGGAUGCCCUGCUGCGCGGCUCUGCAUCCCCAGCCCCGGUCCCUGGUGGGCACGACUGAGUGGGCCCGACUUCGGCCCCUCGUGCUGGUGAAUGAAAAGCGCCGGAGUCCCUGAGUACGAUCAGCGAUCGAACCUGAAUUUUAAGAGCCAUGGACGAAGGCACUGGGCUGCAGCCCCCGGCGGGAGAGCAGCUGGAAGCACAAGCCACAGUAGGAGCUGUCCACGAGAAAUGCGACCCAGAGACCUUUAGGUCCAAGAGUUUACCGGUCCUGAACAGCGCCUCCUGCCGGCCAGACCUCAGUCCUGCGAGUGCAGGAGCCAAGCCAGCCAUGGGCUGUACAGAUUCUUUGGGCCAUCAGGUGUUGAAGCAAGGCCCAAGACGGCUGGCCCCCAGUCCCUCUGCUCCUUCCACUUCCGCAGAGAUGGCAGGGCUCAUGGAAUGUAACCACAGGGUGGAAGUCAGCAAAGCUGUGUCGGUGUCCUCCACUUUGGCCACGCUCCAGGGGAGAAGGUGCCUCUAUGUGGUCCUCACUGAUUCCCGUUGCUUCCUGGUUUGCAUGUGCUUUCUGACCUUCAUCCAGGCGUUAAUGGUGUCUGGGUACCUGAGCAGUGUCAUCACCACCAUCGAAAGGCGCUACAGUCUGAAGAGUUCCGAGUCGGGGCUGCUGGUCAGCUGCUUUGACAUUGGGAGCCUGGUGGUGGUGGUGUUCGUCAGCUACUUUGGCGGCCGGGGUCGGAGGCCCCUGUGGCUGGCCGUGGGUGGACUUUUUAUUGCCGUGGGGGCUGCCCUCUUUGCUUUACCUCACUUCAUCUCGCCUCCCUACCAGAUCCAAGAGUUGAAUGCCUCUGCUUCAAACGAUGGCCUGUGUCAGAAUGGCAACUCCACCGCGCCUUCGGACCCUCCCGCCUGCCUGAAGGACUCAGGAGGAAAUAAUCAUUGGGUCUAUGUGGCUUUAUUCAUUUGUGCACAGAUUCUCAUUGGGAUGGGUUCCACACCUAUUUAUACCUUGGGACCAACCUACUUAGAUGACAAUGUCAAGAAAGAAAACGCAUCCUUGUACCUAGCCAUCAUGUAUGUCAUGGGAGCACUUGGUCCUGCAGUGGGAUAUUUACUAGGUGGACUUCUUAUUGGUUUUUAUGUCGAUCCCAGAAAUCCUGUUAACCUUGACCAGAAUGACCCUCGUUUCAUUGGAAACUGGUGGAGUGGAUUCCUCCUUUGCGCCAUUGCAAUGUUUCUUGUGAUAUUCCCAAUGUUUACUUUUCCAAAAAAGCUUCCUCCUCGACACAAGAAAAAGAAAAAGAAAAAAUUUUCUGCUGAUGUUGUUAGUGACGAUGACGUUAUGAAGGAGAAAUCAAACAAUAGUGAACAAGUGGACAAAAAAGUUUCUUCUAUGGGAUUUGGAAAGAAUGUCAGAGACCUACCAAGAGCAGCUGUCAGGAUCUUAAGCAACAUGACAUUCCUUUUUGUGAGUUUGUCAUACACAGCUGAGAGUGCCAUUGUAACUGCUUUCAUUACCUUCAUUCCCAAGUUCAUCGAGUCACAGUUUGGUAUCCCAGCUUCCAAUGCCAGCAUCUACACUGGUAAGGCACUGCCAUUAGAGCUCCUUGAAAACAUGAUCAUUUUUGACCACUAA